AUGACCGUCAGCCGUCGUGUGAGCUGUUCACCCCCACCGUAUAACCCUCAUGUCAUCGACCAGCUCGCCUGCCCGCCAUCGUCGUGCGCGCGUCGUCGUGGACCCUAUGAGCGCAAGUCGUGGAACAAUACGAUGCCCGCUCAGACACUGCAACCUACUUCACGUACCCACAACCACUCGAGCAUCGGCAACGCCCAAAAUAACAAACGCCCUCACGCUUUCCCCUUCCAGCGUUUCGUUUUACCUCUUCCCCAGCCCGUCGUGCAGGCUCUCUCUCGGGUCCACCAUGCCUGUACCUCUAGAGAGGCCUGCAACGGGUCCUCGCUUCCUCGCGACCGCGUUUCGCACGCAUACACAGACAUGAUGACUUCCUCUGCGAACCAACAGCAACCCUUCCCAACUGUGCCUCCAUCUAUGUCCGCUGGCGAUAGUCAUGAGAUGCGAGACUACUACCCACCGCAAGAUGCACCACUACCUACCCUAAACCAGACACCAAACUUCAAACCUUACCUCGGUCUUCGAGCUAGGCUCUCGCAAAUAUGGAUCAAUCGCUGGACGAUUCUACUACUCCUGGUCCUCGUCCGACUACUUCUCGCCAUUGCAAGCACCGACGCAAGUCUCACUUCUGCUCGUCGCGAAGCCCUCAGUGCUUGCACCCAGGUCGAGAGCAUCGGCAGCUCCAUGGCCUCUAUGCCUCACUACAUGAGCAAAGGCGUCAACGAAAUGACGGCUUCCGGAAUCGAAAAGGCUGUCAGUGGCCUCAUGACCAUGUUGGAGAUGAGCGUCACGGGUGUCGAGGAGAUCAUCCUCUUUGUCAUUCACAUGAUGACCAGCACGUAUCUCUGCCUAAUCACCCUCGCUGUCAGCGGUAGCCUUCACGCCGCCGUCGAAAUCGGAGAGGCCAUCAACAAACAACUCGAUGAGACAAUCGAAGAAGUCACAAACGACAUGGGCAAUGCCGUCAAGUCGGUAACGGACGGCAUCAACUCCAUCAUGGACAAGAUCAACUUCAACUUGCCUGGCUUCAACAAGCCGACUAUCAAUCUGGACGAACAGAUCAACAAGUUGAAGGCGCUCGAGCUUCCCCCAGACAUGCAGGAAGGCCUCAACAAGCUCAACCAGUCCAUUCCAACCUUUACAGAGGUGCAGAAUUUCACCGACAACCUCAUUCGCACGCCCUUUGAGGAGGUCAAGAAGCUCAUCAAGGGCAUGGACACAUUUGAGUUCGACCGACAAGUACUCCCCGUGCCACAGAAGGAAGCACUUACCUUUUGCUCCGAAGGCAAUGGCAUCAACCAAUUCUUCGAUGAUCUCAUCGAGCUUGCCUACAACGCACGGAAGAUUGGGCUCGGUGUGCUCAUCGCCCUCGCCAUCCUUGUUUGUGUACCCAUGGCAUGGAUGGAAGUUCGUCGAUACCGCAAGAUGCAAGAACGCGCUGCACUGUUCGCAGAGGGCCACGACGCAAUGGACGUCGUCUAUCUCGCUUCUCGCCCAACCUCUUCCGGUAUCGGUCUGUGGUUCGGUAGGCGAUUUGGCUCAGCGCGUCGACAAGCUGUCAUGCGCUGGACUUGGGCCUACGCCACUUCCGUCCCCAUGUUGUUCCUACUGUCUCUCGGUCUCGCCGGACUCUUUGCCUGCUUCUGUCAAUACCUGCUUUUGAAGGCUAUCCAGGACAAGACCCCCGAGCUCACGUCGCAAGUCGCUGAUUUUGCCGGAAAAGUCGUUACGUCACUCAACAACGCGUCCAUGUCGUGGUCUCAAGGCGUCAAUAGCGCCAUUGGGAAGCUCGACAGCGAAAUGAACGACGACAUUUUCGGCUGGGUAAACACCAGUACGACUGCAGUCAACAACACCCUCAACGGCUUCGUGAGCAAGAUGAGCAAGACCCUCAACGACACGUUCGGCGGCACGGUUCUCUACGAUCCAAUCAAGGAAGUCCUCAACUGUCUCAUCGGGCUGAAGAUUGCUAGUUUCCAAAACGGUCUCACCUGGGUCCAAGAGCAUGCGCACAUCUCCUUCCCAGGCGUCGCAAACGACACCUUGUCUAUUGGUGCCCUCGCCGAGAACAGCGGCUCAGACUCUGCUGCCGAACUACUUGCGAACCCUAGCGGCAAAGCAAAAGAUGAGAUUACAGAAGCAGUCAAUCGUGUCAUUGAGAAACUCAUGAGUGGCAUUCGUCAAGAAGCACUCAUCUCCACCGCUAUGAUCCUCAUCUGGCUCUUCAUCGCCCUCGGUGGCCUCAUCUAUGCCUCCACUCAUCUGUUCCGCCGCGAUGACUCAAAAAUGGGUAGAAACCCCUAUGCCGUCGACUCUCCCAUCGAGACCCAGCACAAGGCACAAGACUACCCCGCUGCCGCGCCUCCUUCGUACGUCGCCAACAACUACAAUGUCAACAAAGCAGCGCCUUAUACGCUAGCACCCCGACCUUUCUCGACAUUCGAGCACGAUGCCGAGCCUCCAACUGAAAAGGUUGGCAGUGUUGGCGCGCAUGCAAUCACCGAGUCUUCUCGCCCUGGUCACCUCCGUGUAAGCAGCUAUGGACAGCUCGCCGAUCCUUCGCCUGUCAACGACAAUCCAAAUCCCUUCUCGGACCAGCUCCACCCUGAAAAGCGAACCCACAAUCCCUACAACUAA